AUGGUUCGGAUAAACCAGGAUUACACAGGCAAAGAUGGACGGGAGACCAGCCACUGGCUCAGAGCAGGUCAGGUGGGUGACUGGGAGGCCGUCCAGUAUAGGACCAUCGUUCAGGUGGGCGGCGUGGAGGCCGUCCAGUACAGGGCCAACGUUCAGGUGGGCGGCGUGGAGGCCGUCCAGUACAGGACCACUUUUCAGGUGGGCGGCGUGGAGGCCGUCCAGUACAGGACCACUUUUCAGGUGGGCGGCGUGGAGGCCGUCCAGUACAGGACCACCGUUCAGGUGGACAGCGCAGGAGCAGAGUCCGCCUGGACUCCCACGGCUGAGCAGGCAGGAGCAGAGUCCACCAGGACUCCCACGGCUGAGCAGGCAGGAGCAGUGUCCACCUGGACUCCCACGGCUGAGCAGGCAGGAGCAGAGUCUGCCUGGACUCCCACGGCUGAGCAGGCAGGAGCAGAGUCCACCUGCACUCCCACGGCUGAGCAGGCAGGAGCAGAGUCCACCAGGACUCCCACGGCUGAGCAGGCAGGAGCAGUGUCCACCUGGACUCCCACGGCUGAGCAGGUUCUGGCUGAGGAGAGCAGGCUGGAGGCUGGGACCAGGAGGAGGCGGAACCAAAAAACUCAGCCUCGCUGGGCUGAAUGCGAGGAGCUGGAAAUGCAGAGUUCGUCCUCUGACUCGGCGUCCUCCCCAGACGUCCACCCAGAGCAGACUGGAGGUUUUGGAGUGGACUUUUCUCAGCCGUCAGAGGACAUCAAUGCUGGACUUUCUCUCUUGUCCAAAAAAGUCCUGGAACAUGGCGUGACAUCAUUCUGCCCCACGAUGGUCACCUCUCCUCCUGCCAUCUACCACAAGGUUCUGCCUCAGAUCAAAGUGCAGAAUGGAGGACCACAUGGAGCUGGGGUUCUGGGUUUCCACUUGGAGGGUCCGUUCAUCAGCGUAGAAAAAAGAGGAGCCCACCCUGAGAAGUACUUGCGUACCUUUCAGUCGGGAGGGAUUGAGGACAUGUUCAAGAUCUAUGGAAACCUGGAGGAUGUUUCCAUGGUAACGCUGGCUCCUGAGCUGGCCAACAGUCAAUCGGUGGUCAGGGAGCUCUGUCAGAGGGGCAUCACUGUUUCAUUAGGUCAUUCAGUGGCCAAUUUAUCGCAGGCUGAGGAGGCUGUUAAGCAUGGAGCGUCAUUCAUCACCCACCUUUUCAACGCCAUGCUACCCUUCCACCAUCGAGACCCGGGCAUUGUAGGUCUCCUGACCAGUGAUCAGAUUCCUGCUGGCAGGACUGUAUUUUACGGGAUGAUUGCUGACGGGAUCCACACCAACCCAGCUGCUCUUCGAAUUGCACACAGAGCUCACCCAUCAGGUUUGGUUCUGGUGACAGAUGCAAUUACAGCAAUGGGUCUUCCUCCAGGUCGUCACUCUUUGGGUCAGCAGGUCAUUGAGAUCCAGGGCCUCCACGCCUAUGUAGCAGGCACAAAGACCCUCAGUGGCAGUAUUGCCACCAUGGACAUGUGUGUUCGCCAUUUCAAACAGGCUUCAGGCUGCAGUAUAGAAGAAGCUCUGGAAGCAGCAUCUCUUCAUCCAGCUCAGCUUCUUGGCAUCACCAACCAGAAGGGGAAUCUGGAGUAUGGCUCUGACGCAGAUUUUGUUCUGCUCGAUGAUGACCUGAACGUCAGAGCCACCUACAUCUCUGGAGAGGAGGUUUGGAGAAAAGGAGCAUAAAGAAGAUCAAGCUUGGAUACUGUGUGCCUUCAUUAAAUGACAUUUAAAUGUUUUAGAGCACCCAUAUUUAUUUUGACCAUUUUUAAUAUUUACAUGUUGCUCCAUGUU